GCAGCGGCUGAAGGGGCCCUUUGUUGGCAGUGGAGCCCAGCAGCCCUGCCUGCACCCAGCGCCCGCCGGCAUGCAGGCAGCUGCCGCCAACUGCGGCCAGGACUGACGCUGCCCAACUUUGUUGGCUUGGGGUUUUUUUUCUUCUUUUUCUUUUAAUUUUCUUUUUUUCCUCUCCUUUAAGCCACUCUCCCUCCCGCCAAAAGAGUUGGGAAGGAGGGAAGAUGGCUGGAGUUAACUCCCCAGGAGAGGAGAUGCGGGGCCCCUGGAUUUUCCGCCUCUCGGGCUCGCCCUUGUAAUGGUUUUCAGAGUGCUGGAUUUCUUAGACUUUUCCUGGAUAUUUUCUGUUAGACUGUUCCUGGAUAUCUUCUUUUUAGACUUUUCCUGCAUUUUUUUAGACUCUUACUGGAUUUUUUUAGACUUUCUUAGACUUUUGCUGGAUAAAUUGACAGUGCGAGAAGAAGCUGAGGGGGGAAGGGAAAACAGACAGCCGAAGCCAAACUCUAACAAAUGAAAAUGUUGGAGAUUUGCUUGAAAUUGGUGGGUUGUAAAUCGAAGAAAGGGCUUUCCUCCUCCUCCAGCUGCUACCUGGAAGGUGAAAAGCUCCGUGUCCUGGGCUACAAUCAUAAUGGGGAAUGGUGCGAGGCCCAGACGAAGAACGGACAAGGCUGGGUGCCCAGCAACUACAUCACUCCAGUGAAUAGUUUGGAGAAGCAUUCCUGGUAUCAUGGACCAGUGUCACGUAACGCUGCUGAGUAUCUUCUGAGCAGCGGCAUCAACGGCAGCUUCCUUGUGCGAGAGAGCGAGAGCAGUCCAGGACAGAGAUCUAUUUCACUGCGAUACGAAGGAAGGGUGUACCACUACAGAAUAAACACUGCAUCUGAUGGAAAGCUGUAUGUCUCUUCAGAGAGCCGCUUUAACACCUUAGCAGAGCUGGUCCAUCAUCAUUCAACGGUGGCAGAUGGGCUCAUCACCACGUUGCACUACCCGGCGCCCAAACGCAACAAGCCCACUAUUUAUGGCGUGUCCCCGAACUACGACAAAUGGGAGAUAGAACGAACUGACAUCACCAUGAAACACAAGCUUGGUGGAGGGCAGUAUGGAGAGGUCUAUGAAGGAGUCUGGAAGAAGUACAACCUUACAGUGGCUGUGAAGACUCUAAAGGAGGAUACCAUGGAGGUGGAAGAGUUCUUGAAAGAAGCUGCAGUAAUGAAGGAGAUCAAGCAUCCGAACUUGGUGCAAUUAUUAGGAGUGUGCACACGGGAACCUCCCUUCUACAUCAUCACAGAGUUCAUGACCUACGGGAAUCUGCUGGAUUAUCUGCGUGAGUGUAAUCGGCAGGAGGUGAACGCUGUGGUGCUGCUCUACAUGGCAACUCAGAUCUCCUCAGCCAUGGAGUACUUGGAGAAGAAAAACUUCAUUCACAGGGACCUUGCUGCCAGAAACUGCCUUGUAGGGGAGAACCACUUGGUGAAGGUGGCAGACUUUGGCCUGAGCAGGCUCAUGACGGGCGACACGUACACUGCCCACGCCGGAGCAAAAUUCCCCAUCAAGUGGACUGCCCCAGAAAGCCUGGCCUACAACAAGUUCUCCAUUAAAUCUGACGUCUGGGCCUUUGGUGUUCUGCUGUGGGAAAUUGCAACCUAUGGCAUGUCCCCUUACCCUGGGAUUGACCUGUCUCAAGUCUAUGAGCUGUUGGAGAAAGACUAUCGUAUGGAGCGCCCUGAAGGCUGUCCUGAGAAAGUUUAUGAGCUCAUGAGAGCAUGCUGGCAGUGGAGCCCUUCUGACAGACCCUCCUUUGCAGAGAUCCAUCAGGCCUUUGAAACGAUGUUUCAGGAAUCCAGCAUAUCAGAUGAGGUGGAGAAGGAAUUGGGGAAGAAGGGCAUGAGGAGUGUGGUGAGCAAUUUUCUCCAGGCCCCAGAGUUACCAACCAAAACACGAACAUCGAGGAGAGCUGCUGAAAGCAAAGAUGCCAACGAGGCCUUGGAGACUGCACAUGCUCGUGGCCAGGGGGAAUGUGACCCUCUGGAUCACGAACCUGCUAUUUCUCCCUUGCUCCCGCGGAAGGAGAGGGUGGCCCUGGAGAGCAACUUGAAUGAAGAUGAGAGGCUGCUUCCAAAAGACAAAAAGCACAACCUCUUCAGUGCCCUGAUCAAGAAGAAGAAGAAGACUGCCCCUACCCCUCCGAAACGGAGCAGCUCCUUCAGAGAGAUGGACGGCCACUCAGACCGCAGGGUGGCUGGGGAGGAGGAGUGCAGGGACGCUGGCAACGGAGCUUUCAUCACACCCUCCACAGAUGCAAGUGACCUCUCCAAAUUCCAGAGCCCAAGCAACGGGGCUGGUGUCACCAACGGGGUUGUGGCUGGCAGCUCUGCGUUCUUAUCUCCCCACUUACGGAAGAAAUCCAGCACGAUGAGCAGCAGUCGAGGGGUGGCUGGCGAAGAGGAGAGCAGUUCCAACUCCAACAAGCGUUUCUUACGGUCCUGCUCAGCCUCCUGUGUGCCCCACGGAGCAAAGGACACAGAGUGGAAGUCUGUGACUCUGCCACGGGAUCUGCAGUCCACGGGACGCCAGUUUGAUUCCUCCACGUUUGGGGGACACAAGAGUGAGAAGCCGGCACUGCCUCGGAAGCGGGCGAACGAGGCCAAGGCUGACGUUGCUGUCAGGGGAACGGUGACCCCUCCUCCACGGCUGCUCAAGAAGAAUGAAGAGACCACUGAUGAUGUGUUCAAAGAUGCAGAGUCGAGCCCUGGCUCCAGCCCUCCCACCCUGACGCCAAAACUUGGCCGUAGGCAACCCGCUGCCUCUCCUUCCUCCAGCGUGCUCCACAAGGACGACGGAGUCAAAUCCAGUGCCUUAGGUACCACUGUGAUGAUGGACCAAGGUUCUGCUGCCAAACCCAACCCCACUGGGUUCGUGGGUGCCAGCAAGGCUUCCUCAGAAGAGUCACGACUGAGGAGGCUCAAGCAGAGCUCAGAGUCGGCGGGGAAGGACAAAGGGAAGUUAUCGAAGCUGAAACCGGCCCCUCCGCUUCCACUCUCCUCAUCCUCCCUCAGCAAGCCUGGGAAGGCUUCUCUCAGUCCCAGCCAUGAGGCAGCAGCAGAUGUGGUGUCUGGGCCGAAAUCCAAACAGUUGACUCAGGUUGGAGAGGCUGCAAGCAGUGAUGCUGUCAAGUCAAACCAGUCAGGGGAAGGUGUGAAGAAGCUGGGGAUCUCCUCUGUACCAAAGCCACAGUCCUCUUCAAAGCUGCUGAUGAGCACAGCAACCCCAGCUGCCUCUUCCUCAUCUGUACCCUCUGCCCCAGGUGGGGACCAACCGUCCUCCACAGCUUUCAUCCCUCUCAUAUCCACCCGGGUGUCGCUGCGGAAGACCCGUCAGCCCCCGGAGAGGAUCGCCAGCGGCACCAUCACCAAAGGGGUGGUGUUGGAAAGCACAGAGGCUCUACGGCUCGCCAUCAGCAAGAACUCUGAACAAAUGGCAAGCCACAGCGCUGUCCUGGAGGCUGGCAAGAACCUCUACACCUUCUGUGUGAGCUACGUGGACUCCAUUCAGCAGAUGAGGAACAAAUUUGCCUUUCGGGAGGCCAUCAAUAAGCUGGAGAAUAACCUAAGGGAGCUUCAGAUCUGCCCGGCGACAGCUGGCAGCGGUCCUGCAGCCACCCAGGACUUUAGCAAACUCCUCAGUUCAGUGAAAGAAAUCAGUGACAUUGUUCAGAGGUAGCAGAAGCCAGGUUAAGAAUAAAAAAUAGAAAUCACAAUGGGCCAAAGCCAACUGUGGAGAGAGUAACGUGUGUGGACUGACAAAGGACCGGGGUGCUCGGGUUAGGGCUGUGCAAAGACACAGGCUGUGACUGGAUGCCCCAGCUCCAAAGGGCAGGGCUGUGUUCAAGAGGCACUUUCCACCCUCUUAGCUCAGAUUCCCUGUGUUUCAUAUACUUGUAAUCAUCUUAUCUGUGGAGUUCUUGCCUUGUGGACUACAAGUCUGAAUGCUGAUGUCACGCCUUGCCUUUUUGUUAAUAUUCUAUUGUCUGGACAGACCAUUGGGACUGAAGCCAGACUGAUGGACACUGAGAUGCCAUCCUCCUCAGGAGGGCUUUCUACUGCAUUUUUAUCCCCUCUCUCUGCCCCACCAUACACAAGGAUGAGUGUUGGAAUAGCAAUACACCCACUGUGUUUCUUGGGAGAGUUGCAGCACAUGUCCUUGGCCUGAGGCUGACAUUUACCUGACAUUAACGCAACAGAUUUGGCUCUUGGGAGGGAAGGGGGGAAAAUUGUUAAUGUAAGUUUGGGGUGGGUUUUUUUCCUGACAAUGCUACAAGUGAUGUUUGCCCAAAUUCUUCCUGUGAUUCCACCUGCUGCCCUUUGUUUCUGUGUUUUCAGUCGUUUCUUAACGUUGUUGAGCCCAAAUGAAUUGCUUGUGGUUGCCGGUGUUGCAGACAGCACCUGGUGGCACAGGAGCCUGUUUGAGGAGCUGGCCAAGGUCUGGAGGAGGAUGUGCUGUCGUGCUCUCCUGAUACCAAAUGUGAAUCAGGAUGGUGUUUGGGUGGAGAGCUGCAGAGGCCUGGGAGCAGUGGGCUGGUGCUGAGCAAGGCAUUGCUCCCUGAAAGACAGGAGGGUUGCAGCAGCAGGCAAUGGCUUAGGGUGAGGUCAGGGACACCACGGUGCAUCCAGCAGUUGUCUUGGCUGAGCCUGCACAUCAGGUGGGUGAGAGUUGGUGUUUCUCCAGUUGAAUUUCCAGCUUCUUGAUCUGUGAGCAGAGAUGGGAUGUGGCUUCUGCCCUUCCUGUGCUGUGGGGGGGGGGGGGGCUGUAGUGUCUCCCUUUGCCUGCCAGUGCUGUAACUCCUUCUCACGAGCUCAGAUGGCAGCACUUUGGGCUUAAACCCAUCACUACCUUCAUGCCAGUGUGGUUCCAUCCAGCAUCAAACAAGGACCUGUGAAGACUGACACUUCUCUUGGGAGCAUCUCCCGAGGAAACUGCCACAAAAGACUGACAGCAGGACUCCUGGCCUUCCUCUCCAAGGUCCUGUGACCUUCCCAACUAACGCAACACAACUGGGAACUAACUGUGACUCGUGACAAUAGUGAAAGAACCGAGGUUUAGGGCUAUUAACAGUGCAAUUUAACUCCUCCUAACAGUUCCAAACAUGAGAAGAAAAGCAUUUCCCAUGUCCUGUUCCCCUGUAAUUCUUGUGAUCCCUCUUGUGUAUCUUAAACACUAAUUGCCUUCAAUUGUAUUUUAUGCUCUUCUCCUGGGAGCUGUUUGUUUUGUAUAUGAUUUCUAGUACUUCACUCGUGUGUGUUCACGCCACUGCUCGCCCUCACAAACAGCCAUGACUUACCACAUGACAUGUCCAAAAGGAAAUACACAUUUCUGCCACAGGCUGCCUUUAAAAUGUAAGGAGAAAAGGAAAAGCAAACCCCAACCCUUGGACUGUCUCUUUCCUGGAGGUACUGUUUUUACUUUGAUAACAUAUUGUGCCACUAUAUUAUACAUUUGUAUCUCGUUAUUACACACUUUUGUAGACUUGUCUUUUUUACAGUGUGUAAAUAGCUCUGUCCUUCAUCUCUGUGAUACCUGAGGGGGUUGUUUCCCCUUUAACUCAGUCCAGUGCAGAUUGUUUCUGUACACGACUUUCGAUUCUUCCUCCUCUCUUUCUCUGUUUUGCUUUUUGUUUGAUUUAUUUUUUAUUCCAGUCUCUUCUUGUGUAGUAUAUUUAAAAAUAAAUCAAUG